AUGAAUAAAGCUCUGAUUUUCCUGCUAGUAACAUUAGCAGUUCUGGCGCUAACAGAAGCGAGAUCUUGUGGUUCCCGAUCACGAUGUGACCAGUGUUGUAGAAGCAGAUGUGGCAGAGGUGGCUCCGGUUCUGAUUCAUCAUCAUCCUCUGAUUCCUCAUCAUCAUCGUCAUCGUCCUCUUCCGAAGAGAAUGACAGAGGAUGCGUGUGCUGUGGAUGUUGUGAUGGCGGAAGAAGGAGACAUAAGGGUUCCUCAUCUUCUUCGUCUUCUUCAUCAUCAUCGUCUUCGUCCUCUUCAUCAUCAUCUUCUGAGGAAGAAGAACCACAGUGGACUUACAACUGUAUUUAUGAGCCAAAAAAGUCGAAACAUUUCAAGACCCGAUGUGGUGGACCAAGAAGCUAA